AUGCGUGCCACGUUCCUUGCCGUUCUUGCCUUGGCGAUUUCCGUCUCUGCCCGACCGAGUCCCUUCGGCCGUGGUCGUUUCGGUGACCAAGGGUUUCGUCACGGGUUUGGAAACCAGGGUGGUCAAGGCAAGGGCCAGCAGGGCAGCGGCGGGGCGGCUGCUACCGCUAUAGCCAGCUCGGCUGCUGCCACCGCCUCCGCUGCCAGCGUAGACAACGCGGCUGGCGCAAACUCCUCUGUUGCUGCCACUGCUGCGACAGCUAGCGCCGCCGCCGCAAGCGUAGCAGCGAGCAACGCGACUGCUGCUGCUAACACCACGGACACCGCCAAUAGCACCGCUACCGCCACCAGCGGAAGUAACAGCACCGAUAUUCAAUCUUCGUUGACUCUCGACCCCUCCGUUAUCGCUACGGGCUUCGCGAACGAUGGUCAAGACGUACCCACCGCCGGUCAGGUCGCGUCGCUUACGUCGACCAACAAUUUCAUCAAGCAAGUCGCUCCGUCCAAAUCAUCCUUCUGCGCCGGCCAAACUAUCACAAACGGCAAGCAGAUCACGACCGGUUCUUGCAACCCUGCGCCUAUGGGUCAGCUCGCUCCCAACACGACGAUGCCGUCGGCCAAGUUCGUUUUCCCCAAGAACUUCGAUAAUACCUCAAUCAAGGCGAACACGCCGUUCACCGUCCAGCUUGCGAUCAAGAACCUCCAAACCGGUAACUUCGUGAACGCGCAGGAGAACUACUUUGCCGCUCCCCAGCAGGUCAACUCGCAGGGUAUCAUUAUCGGCCAUUCCCACAUCGUCAUCGAGCACCUCGACAAGAUUGACCAGACUGCGCCAACUGAUCCCGCAAGCUUCGCGUACUUCAAGGGUUUAAACGCCCCCGCCGAUGCCAACGGUAUCAUCUCCCAGGUUAUUGACAAGGGCCUCCCCGGUGGUGUGUACAAGAUCUCGACCAUCAACUCCGCCGCCAACCACCAGCCGGCGCUCGUCUCCGUUGCGCAGCACGGGUCUCUCGAUGAUGCCGUUUACCAACAGCAGCAGCACAAUCAGCAACAGCAUCAACAAGCCUCGUUCGCGGCGUACGCGUCGACGACGCGCUCCUGGCCGGACGUGACCACCUCGACCUCGACUACUUCGACCGCCGGCGGCUCGCCCACGAGCUUCUUCCCCACCCUCAGCUCCCCGUUCUACCCCAGCCACUCCUCCCCGCAGAUCCCGCCCGCCUCGCACCCGCACCCUCAACCGCAACCGCAACAGGCACAGGAUCGCACAGCCGGCGCGGGCACGACCCGGACGUUUUACCCCUCCCCGUCCUCUUCGUCCUCCGACGCGCCCGCGUACGGUCACCCUCCUCCUCACCCUCCUCAUCCUCCUCCGCACGAGCCGUACGCCGAUAACCGGGCGGCGCGGGACGGGAGGGGAUCCGGAUCCGGCUCGGGGUCGGGGUCGUCGUCGUCGCUCGCGCCGGUGCUGACGCCGCUCUCGACGUCGACGUUCGCCAUGAACCCGCCCGCGCCGCAUCAGCAGCAUCACUCCUCCUCCUCGGCGGCGGGCUCUCCCGCGCACGAUUUCUCCGCGAUGGAGUAUUGGAGGACGGGUCGAUAA